AUGCCUCCAGUUGCCGCAGCAGGCGGCAUGAGUGGCCCUUCGACCCUCGAUAAAGCUAAGAUGGGUGGUAUGAUGGGAGGCACCGUGGGCCUCAUCAUAGGCUUCAUCUUCGGAGCAACAAAUAUCAUCAGAUAUGGACCUGGACCGAACGGGAUGAUGCGAACACUCGGCCAAUACAUGCUAGGAUCAGCUGCAACGUUUGGCUUCUUUAUGUCGAUCGGCACAACCAUUCGAACAGACAGCUCUCCGAUUAUCACAGAAGCAUUCAGGCAGGCGCAGGCAAGAAAUGGCAGGCCUAUGAUCAUGCCAGCGGACAGGUCAAAGAGGCGACAGAAUGUGAGCUCGCCGUAG